UCUUAAUGAGGAGCUCAAAGAGAGCACAUCACUGUCAGAGAGCAGUGGUUCAUCUAUAUAGCUCAGCUGGUUUGCAGUGAGGAUGUCGAGCACUGUGCUGAGGAUGAUGGGAAAUAUUUCAGCAUUGACUCUGACUCGUCCAAAGUCAAACCUAAAAGAGAUCAAGAGGAAAAUCUACAGCAAACCUCCCCGCGACAAGAUCGGAAUCACGCAAAGUUUCUUCGUCAUGGCGGUGUUUGCUGUGGGCCUUUUUACUCCAGCUGCAUGGAUCCUUCAUCACCUGCCAGAGUACCGCCAGAGGUCACGCUACACUCCAAGGACCUGAACGUCACCACCUUAUUCAUGUCUAUAGUCAUAUCAUCUAUUUAUAUCUUUACUGUCACUACCCUCAUCUUCAUCACCAUCGUUCUCAUCAUCAUCCUCAUCAUAACCGGCCUGGGGAUACCCCCUC